GAGAGUUAAUUUUUGUAUAAGUUAUUGAUAUUCAUUUUUAAUAUCACGCGGCAAGCGUAUGUGCGAAAUACGGUAGUAAACGAGUGAAGAGUAAUUAUACUGGUAUUCGAAAGGAAAUAUUUAUAAUCCGGUGUCACCGUAUAAAUAACCACUAAUCACUGCGUAGCGCAAGGUUGUAAGGAACAUGGCGACUGAUAUCGCUCUAUUUUUUAAUAACAAAUAAACGCCGUGUAUCGUGUGAAAAAACAAUAAUGGCGAUCUAGAGAGAAAAUUCACGGUUACUGUGUUAGACGAAUAGUUAUAUUUUGAGAUACUAAAUCGACAGAUAAGCUUAUCACGUACGUACAUAUGUCAUCCACCGUAAACGGUAUCGCGACUUGUCCUGAUCGAACAUUACUGUUAAAUAUAUCGUGUUCAUAUUUGUACCGCGUGCAACAUAUAAAUGGGGCUGAAUAAAUCUAUAUGCAAUUUUAACUAAACCGGGACUUGACCUCUUGAAAAAAUCGUUUCCAUUUCGAAUUUUGAAUUUCGAGAUCCAUUUAACCCAGUCAUUCAUAGAAGGGAAACAAACUAAAACAUGGAUCCUCUUGGGGGGGAUCAUCGAAUGAUAACACAACCCCGAGGUGGCCUGGGUCGCGGGCGUGGAGGUUGGAGUCCGCUUCCAGCUCAGGAAUCGAGAUCUUUGCGAAGACCUCAUCAUGCAUCAUCUAUCAGCGGAAACACAGGUAUGACGGACAACACUGGAACGAGGGCCGAUGGGGCAAAAGGAGACAUUGUAAAAUAUUCUACGCUCUCAGUGGAUGCAGCUGAAUUUGUACCUAAAAGCUUCAGUCCUGCACCACCACAGCAACAAUCUGGGUCAGGAUAUAGUCGUCCUUCGGUUCAAAACCGUUUGAAUUAUGCUAGACAAGGUCAGCAAGGGGGACAACAACAAGGUGUUCAACAACAGCACUAUGGCUCACAACAACAACAACAACAACGCUACAUUCCAGCACAGCAUAUGUAUGCAGGUCCACCGCAACACCAGCAAUACAAUCAGUACUCAAAUACUCAAGAUUAUGGAUACUAUGAUAGAGGAUCAGGAGAUCACGGCAGACCGCAGGAGGAUCAAAAUGGAGUGGGCUCGGCCGGAGAUGGUGAAGAAUGGCCUGGGAUGAGAAGUAUGAUGGGGCAGCUGGAAGGUGCAAUGCGAACGCUUACUUUGAGUCCUGGACGGUUCGAUUCGCUGGUAGCACCUCUGGUUGAUGGCAUCACCCCAUGUCUUACUAAUACUGCACAAACGCAAGCCAUUGUUGGAGCCAUACUACGACAGUCAAUAAGUGAAGGAAACUUCCGCUACAGUGGAGCCCGUCUCUGCACAUUUCUUGAUAACGCCUCUUUAAGCGAACGUGGGCCAUCUAUCUUCAGAGAUACUCUGGUUGGCAGAUGUCGUGAAGAGACAGAAAAGACAAUGACAUCUUGGGUUCAGAGAAGUACACCAGAAGAUGAAGUAAAAGAAAAAUCCUGCCAUGGGUUAAUCUUGUUUCUGGCUGAACUAGUCACUCAAAUGGAAUCAGAACCAGCUUCGGUACUGGGAAAAUUGUUAAUAGAGUUAAUGUCUGCUGUUUUACAACGUCCGGGCCAGAACUCUGCCAAACACAUCUGCCAGGCUCUCAAGUUGGCGGGCCAAACCUUAGAAAGAGAUAAUUCUGGCGGAGGAUCAGAGAUGGAAAGCGUUAUGCAAAGGCUAACUGGACUCGUUACUGAAGGUUUAGUCGAUGUUCAUGUAGGUCGCAUGGUUAAUAGUGUAGAUGAACUACGUCGAGGUAAUUGGGGCCGCAUCGUAUCAACUCAUGGGCUGUAUAAUUCUACUGUCAAUGCUAAUCCACAAACGCCGGCCGACACGACGCAGGAACCAAUGACCAACGAACCUGUAUUCUAUGGUCCCGACGGAAAUGUCUUAUCUCCAGAGGAAAGCAGAUUUUUACAAGAUCUGACUGGAGAUGCUCCUGACAUUGACGAUUACGGUGAGGGGGAACUCGACGAUGUCGAGGUUGAAGGAUCAUGGGUGGAAGAUGGGGACGAUGGCGGCAUGGAUGACGCCAUCGCGGCAGCCUAUGAAGAAUUUUUAAAGCUCGCCCCAAAUAAAAGAAACGGCACAGCUCGACGAUAAGCAUCUUACAGUUCUCAAAUUGUUACCUCCGAUACACUGAGCAACAUUUGAAUAGUAUAGACGUAUCAUCUCCAAAUAUCCAUUUAUUAGCAACAUUGUACUGGAAAAAAAAGAAUUUGUACCUUUAUCAUUGUCAAUAUCGGCAUUGCCUCUCGUUUUUUCUCAGACUCUGCUCGUGCUUGUUAUCCAUUUUUCAAUUCAAUAAAUCGGUACUGCGUGGUAUAGGAAUGUAACCCUGCCAUCGUUGCAGCUAUAGAUACACACAUAAUUUCUAUCUGUCAAAACAAUAGAAAUCUCAUUUCCUUUAAGACCCAGUUAAGCUGCACUCUUAUUUUAUUCAUCAGAGGUGAAAGGAAUCGUUUUAUCUUGUUCAAUAUACCGUGUCUAAUAUAUUAUAACCCGAAAUUUUAUUUACUAUAGAGUGAUUAGUAUUGUCUCGAUGUAAGCGAAACCAGAUGGGUUUAAUUUCGAUUGUCAGCUAAUGAUCUAUUUUCAAACAUGUUUCUCAAUCGUGUUCUGCUUGCAUCGAGUCGAUACAGUCCUUUGAUGAACUCCACUAAUUUAAGUUAGUUGUGUCCGUAACUGUAUAUCUAGAAUAAUAUUAACGAUAUAGCACCUUCUAACUUUUAACUAUCAUAUUCUCAGAGGAUAAAUGAUCAAAGCAAACGAAAAAAAAAGAAAUAGGAGGCGUUUUUGGUCUCUAAAUCUCUGUUUGCACGAGUUCAAUCUAACAUUUACCGAAUGUGAGAUAUUUUGCCCCUUCUAAUCUUGACAUUCAACAAAUUUGAAGCUUGGAAAUAGUUAUCUAUCACGCCUACCUAUGCUAUGGUCAGGUGAAUACAGUACGAUGAUUAUAUUCCGUUAUACUAUCUCUUAUUCAUUUGUUGAAUUUUUAGGUAUGGAAUUGAGAGACUUUUUCUAACAUCUUGUGCCUUUGCCAGGGAACGGUUCGUGGGAUAUAUUCUUUGUUUUCUUUCCACCAAGAUGCAAGUAAUUUAAUUUACAUUUCAUUGAAUAUAUACACACGCCUGAUGAGAAUAGAAAAUAGACUCUCCAAUUUCUACUUUACUUUUCUCAGAAAUUUACUCAACUAACCAGAAGUGUGCAAUCAAACAAAAGACAAAAAACAAAUAUAAGAUACCCAUUAAAAAAAUGAAAAAAUGAAGAAAAAAUGAAAAAAAAAAAAAAAUAGCUCAGAUACGUAAUUCGGGCAUAGGUUUAUUUCUUUAUAGUAAUGAGUGUUACGAAAAUGUAUCUCAGGCAGACUUGCGUUCAACAAAAAUUUACGAAUAUUGAUCAAAAAUCGAGAUAAAGGUUUUUCGCCGAUAACCUAUCCAGUCCAGUAGUUCUUUCAAUAUUUCAUACAAGAAUGCUCAAACGACCGUCGGUUUUUUGUUUCAAUCCAAUGUCGUUGCACUAAUAUUUUUCCCUGUUUUCUCUUAAAUCUAAGAUCAGAUGCUACGAGGAUGUGACAUGUAUGUAUAUGUUUAUAUGUUUACAUGUGAUGAUGAUUACAAUUUUUAUUUUUAUUUAUUUUUUUUUUUUGCCUAAGUAUUAUCUUUUUUACAUGUGCAUGGUUGUCGUAAUAAUAUUCGCAAUUGACGCAGUCGAUUGAUGCGAAUACCCCGAUAAAAUAGGUCAGUUGCAGACUUAUAAACACAAUAAAAGCUAUUCAAUUUUGUUUUAGUUUUGGGGCAUAAAAAAUGUAUUAUUAAUUUGCGUAGUAGGUUUAUAAUUAUGAAAUAGUUUUCAGUUUGAGCAUAAUUUGAAUUGGAAACGAACAACGAUCCAACAAAAACAAAAAAAAACCAAACAACGUACCAAGCAUUUAUUAGACAUUUUAUAAUGCUCAAUAUUAUAGUUUAACAAUAAAAAAUUCACAUUUC